AUGCGCAGAAUCACCUGCGUUCUCGCAUUUUUGGUCACCAUUCAAGACCAUUCACUUUUCCGAAACCGGAUGGUUUUAGUUGGAAACGAGGAAGUUGCUAACUACGGCAUAUAUAAAAUGUUUCCUACGCAGCGCUUUCCGAAACCCAAAAGUAGUAAUAUAUUGAUGGCGCAGUUUAGAGAAUCUCAGGAGAGCACACUGAUUACGUCUUAUUGUUCGCCAUUUCUCGACAUGAACAGCAUUAUAAAUGAUAUCACUUCUGACUUGAUGAAGAUGAUAGAACCUGCAGACCUGGACUUUGAGGGGAAUAAUGUGGUAUAUAAUUACUGUCUUUACAGGAUAAGAAAUGGAUAUCAUUUAUUUUCAAAAGUUCCAGCGCUUUCCAUGGCUCAGUUUAUGGCCCGUAACAAAUGCCCAACUAGCAUAAUCGCCAGGCUAGCCUUGGAAAACUACUUGCGGGUCACAGGGAAAUACAAAUGUUUUGCUCCGUACGAAAAUAAUGCAGAAACAAUCAUGAUUGCAGACUCCCCGGUAGAUCUAUCCGUAGAAAUAUGGAAAAGUGAAAUGUUUAUUGGCGAAUCAAAAGGAGGGAGAUUACUAGCUCUAGCUUGGUAUCAAGGUCAUCUACAUAUCUUUGGGAAAAAAAAAUACAAACAUGACCACUGGUAUCUGGUUACUAAAGUUGGUAACGAGAUAAAUAAUGGAAAAUUGAUUUAUGACUUUAUUUUCCAAGAGGUUCAAUCAGUCAGAAACAUGAAAUCUUUAUUAGAGACGGAAAACCCUAAUUUUUAUGGUGCUAUUCAACGCUUCAUAUUCAAUAAUCUUACAGGACUAUACUUACACUUUCUAAAUACAUCAAUCUCUCAAAAUGUUCUAGAUGGUUUACAAAUGGUAGUAACACAGGGAUCAUUAGUAUGUAGCGAUGAUUCCUAA